AAACCCAGUGAUAAGCCGGGUUUUUUGAUGCAGAAAAAUUGGUAAAAUGGAUGGAUAAGACAGUUUCAGCGAGGUAUCAAACUGUUAAUUCAAGAAAAGAACAAAAAAAAUUUGUCUUUGCCUGCCAAUUGCAGAGUGAAAAAAGGUUAAAUAUGCCAUUCCGAUUUUUCAAUUUUCAGCCAAUUAGUUGUCUUUUAAUUAGAAACGUUUCCAUGAGAAUUUAACCUAAAUUCCGCGGGGUAUAAUAUAUGUCCGUAAAUUAGGGCUGUCCGCCUUUUAGAGUGUCCAUUAAUGGGAGAUUAGGUUGUAUUAUUGGAGAGUGCCCGUAGUUUAUUUGCCAUGUCAUUUCAGUGCAGUUAAAUCUUUUUGAUACUCGUACAGUUUGAUGUUAAUUGAGAAGGGAAUGUUGUAGUAUUUGUGUUUUUUACUUAUAGGUGCACAUUACGCUCCUCACACUAGAGGAGGAAUACCUCGUGGUUUUCCAGGAACAGGACAACACAUACCAACGGCCAAUCAAGUUUCUCGCGGAGUAUUUCAAGCUGUAGAGGAAAAUUGUCAACGAACAAGAUUGGGGGUUUCGGUCAUUUUUAUGACAUAUGGACAAUUUUUGGAUCAUGAUCUCACAUUAGUUGAGCACCCAGAAUGUGAUAUUAAAUCGUAAGUUGUUUUCUUAAAUUAUUUUCUGAACAUCUUUUGUUGAAAUUAUUUUCAUUGUCGUCCAGAUUAAACAAUGCCGAAAAUUACGAAUGUUUAAUCAUUAUUAAAGUCAUCUAAAAAAUAUUAUAAACUUGUUUUAUAGUUGCAAGGACGAAAAGGUAGCCUUUACCUACCCAUGCUUUCCGAUCAGAUUCACAAAGAACGGUGAUAGAUGCACAUCUAAUGCCAGAUCAUUCCCACAAUGUCAAAGUCAACGAACAGGAGGAAGAGAGUUUAACAACAAAAUAUCAGCUUAUCUUGACGCUUCCAACGUGUACAGCAAUGAGCCAAGCCUACUACAGAGAUUAAGAACAAAUGACGAUACCGGGCGAUUGAAACUGACAAAUAAUUUGUUACCUUUGAGAACGGCUGGUUGCACGUUAAGACAGUGUUCAUUGGUUGGUGAAGCGCGAGCUGAUGAAAAUCCAGCAUUAAAUUCAAUGCAGACACUUUGGGCAAGAGAACAUAACAGAAUUGCUGACAACCUUAAGAAGGUGAAUCCACACUGGAAAGAGGAAAUUUUGUUUCAGGAAACUCGGAAGAUUGUUGGAGCAUUAUUGCAACAGAUAAGCUAUAAUGAGUUUGUACCUCUUCUUGCCAACCUUAAAAAAUAUAGUGGCUAUAAAACACAUGUAGAUCCAAGCAUCUCCAAUGCAUUUGCAGGCGCAGCAUUUCGAUUUGGUCACACCUUAAUCCCAAAUUCCUUUGCCCGAUUAAAUAAAAAUUUUGAUCAUGCCCAGCCUGACUUAUUAUUGCAAAAUGCCUUCAGAAAUAUUUUGCCAAUUCGGGAAGAUGGAAUUGAACCAAUAAUGUUUGGCUUACUAAAAAACCAAUCUCAAGAUUUUGACACUAAAUUUGCAUUUGGAAUUGCUAGGCGAUUGUUUGUGCCUGUUGGAAGCAAUGAAAACAGAGAUCUGAUGGCAUUAAACAUACAACGUGGAAGAGAUCAUGGUCUUCCAACUUACGGUUCAUUUCGAAGGUUUUGCAAGUUAAAAAGUGUAACACGUUUUUCACAGCUACAUGGCAUCAUUCGUUCCAGCGCUAUACCGGAACUUGAAAAGCUUUAUAGUACUCCUGGCGAGAUCGAUCUGUAUGCAGCUGCUUCGAGCGAAAUUCCAGAAGAAGGCAAGCUUCUUGGUCCGACAUUUAGUUGCUUAGUAAAGGAUCAAUUUGAAAGAAUUCGAGAUGGUGAUCGAUUCUUUUAUCAACGAAAAGGUAUAUUUACCACAGCUCAGCUUAGUGAAAUCCGAAAAGUGACUUUUGCCAGAGUCUUAUGUGAUAAUUUAAAGGGCAUUGUAUCAAUACAGAGGGACGUAUUUCGGGCUCUCAAUGGAGGAGAAAAGAGAGCCGAAUGCGGAAGUAUACGUGGAAUUGAUUUUAGCAAGUGGAGGGGGAGGAUUUCAUCUCCUCCAGAUAGUGCACCACCUCCACGCCGUAGACGUCGUUACCGUAGACCGCAUUCCCGUAGACGUCGUUACCGUAGACGGCAUUCCCGUAGACGUCGUUACCGUAGACGGCAUUCCCGUAGACGCCGUUCCCGGAGACAUUACUACCGUAGACGCCGUUCCGGUUGAUUUCAACUAAAGAGACGGAUAUACAUUAAUUUAAAACAUGGAUAGUAUAACGAAUGCACGUAACUAUAUAAUAUUUUUUAAUUUGUUAAUUCAUCAUCUUAAAAUGUGGUCAACAAAGUCUCAAUAUUAUAGCAAAGUGCAUGGCAGCAAAAACAGUUCAUGCAUACUCACACAAAU